CAUUUAUCAUGAUGUUGCUUAUUGGUCCAGUUGUGAGGACUUUUGUUUGCUUUAUGUUGAGGUUGAAUCCAUAUUAAGUGGAUAUUUUUAUUCUUUUCAUUAGAUGUCCUAUUAAAAUAUAAGGAGUGUAUCUUUCUCUGUAAGUCCGUCUCCCCUUCUUUUUAGUUUUCAUGUGCCUAUUUUCACAUGUAAAAUUAUCUAAAAGCACUGUGGAUUUUUUCCCAUUUUUCUCCUCCCCUUAUCAUAUAAAAUCAUCCUUAGUUCCCAUAACAGUCCUUAUAAUAACAUCCUGUCCUGUUGGACUCUGAACUAUUUUCCAUAACUCACUUUUCAUAAAGGCUAAACUUUAACCAGAAGGUUCAGGAUAAAAGGCAAGACAGUGCCUCACACACACAGCCACUUGGACAGGGUUUCUCACUGAAUCAGGGGCGACCAUGACCUGCUGUGAAGGAUGGACGUCUUGCAAUGGAUUCAGCCUGCUGGUUCUGCUUCUGUUAGGGGUAGUUAUCAAUGCAAUACCUCUGGUUGUCAGCAUUGUCGAUACAGAUCAACUCUUUCAAAACCCUAUCUCUUGCUUUGAGUGGUGGUUCCCAGGAAUUAUAGGAGCAGGUCUGAUGGUCAUUCCAGCAACAACAAUGUCCUUGGCAGCAAGAAAAAGAGCGUGCUGCAACAACAAAACUGGAAUGUUUCUUUCGUCACUUUUGAACGUCGUCACGAUCGCUGGUGCUGUGUACUGCAUUCUGGUAUCUAUCCAGGCUCUCUCUGAAGGACCUCUCUUUUGUAACUCUCCAGCCAACAGCACUUUCAGCUGCCAAUUUUCAUUAAAAAACUUAAGUGACAUUCAUCCAGAAUUAUUCAAACUGCAGUGGUUUUUUAGUGACUCUUGUGUACCUUCUACUGGUCUCAGUAACUCCAACGCUCAUGACACUGUGGCCAGUGGCUGGAAUAAAUAUGGCCUGUACAACAACUCUAAAGAACACACAUACAAGACUAUCCACCUCUCAGUGUUUACAAGUCUACUACUUGUUGGGAUUCUUGAGCUUCUGUUUGCGUUCAGUCAGAUAGUCAUCGGUUUCCUUGGCUGUCUGUGUGGAGUCUCUCAGCGGAGAAGUCGAAUUGUGUAGUCAUAAUAGCAGUAAAAUGGAAUUAUGAGUCAUUUGAAUCAUUUGAGAAUUACAUUUAAAACACACUCUUCUAGAAAUACAAUAAUGGAACAUUAUCUAGAAAGCUGUAUGAAUCAUUUUAGCACAUAAAAUUGCUUUUAAAGUCACCUUUGAGGUGGCUUUUUAAAUGAAUCUUUCAUAUAUAAAGAAUGCUGGUAUAUGUAUAACAGUUUUAUACGGAAAGGAAAAGUUAUCAGUGGUUGACUUUGGGGAGAAGUGGAGAAAAAGCUUUCAAUGUAUUUUGUAUUCUUCUGUACUGUGUUAUUAUUCAAAUUUUGUAACUAUAUUCUAUGUGUUUGGAGGGACACAGAGAACAAACAAGAAUGAAUAGGUGUUAACAUUAAAAGGGUCCUAUACAUUUACUUCCCCUAUAGGACAGUUCUACUCUGUCCUAUAGGGUCGCUAUGAGUCAGAAUUGAAUCAAUGGCAACAGUUUUUUUUUUUUUUAAUACAUUUACUUCAAGAUAUUCUGAAUAUAAGUCUUUAGACCCAAUUCUCAGCUUACAGGAAAUAUAGGGAAGAGGAAACACUCAAACAAAUCCAAAAGGUGGGACAGUAAAGAGAUAAUAAUAGUCCCCUUGUUUUCAACAAGAAAAUGUUAUACAAAAAAUAAAAGGUAGGAUGAGUUGAGGGAACUGUCCUAGAUUAAAAGACCAAAGAGACAUGAUUCAACCAAAUCUAUUAUCUGGAUCUUGCUGGGGAUAACCGAGGAAACUUGUAUGUGAACUCGGUUAGAUACUAAGGAAUUAUUGUGAAUUUUGUUAGGUCUGAUAAUGGUUUUAUAGUAAUAGAGGAAAAUGCCUUUUUUAGAAAUGCAUAUUUAUGUACUUCGGGGAAAAGGUCAUGUUUUUAAAUAUUUCAGCAAAAACCUGUUAAUUGUUGUAUUUAAGUGAUGUGUAUAUUGUGAUAUGCUAUACUCUUCUGUUUGCCUAUGUUUGCAUUUUUAUAAUAAUUUUAAAAAAUACCUCAAAAGAAUACACAACCUUUCAAAUGCUAGCUUCUAUAUAUAUGACAAUCUUUAAAAGGCAGUGUAACAGAAGUGUCUUUACCAUAUUAAAAUGUUAUAAAACAGACAAAACUAGAAAACUACAAUUUUCUGAAUGUGAUCACUCUUGCAUUUUAUUUCACUCUUGCAUUUUCUGUUUGCUGCACUCAAGGUUCUAGAAAGAAUGUACGAUACCAACACUAGAGCUUCCCAAAUAAACCAGUAACGUCAAGAACUUUUUUUCGAACCCAUUUACUAUAUAAAGACAUACUCCCUUCGCUCCCAUGAAUGUGUAUUUCUCCUUAAGGCCUGGCUUAAAUAUGUCCUGCUUGAGGAAGCCUUUCCAGAGAGCCUAAUUCCAAUAGACUAAGUCAAGCACUUCCUCCCCAAGCCACUAUUAUCAUAUCUGUCACAAUACAACAUACGCAUUUUUGUUUGUAUGCCCAUCACGUAGGAGAAUUUAAGAGAAUACACAUACACAGAAGUGCAUUUACAAGUUUAGGUACCAGGACACUUAAGAUAAAUUAAAACUUUCCAAAUGUGAGACCUGGAAAAACAGUUCAAUUUCACUGUCAAAUAUAGUUAAGAAGCUGGAAAACAGACAACUGUGCAGAAAAGGAAGAAAAGCUCUCUUGAUAAAUAUACUACUUUCAUAAAAUUAUCCUCCAAGUGUAAUAACCUGAAAAACCUUCAGCAAGUACUCCUAGAGGUGGAAAAUAAACUUUAGAGUUCUGAAACUGGCGUAACAAUAAUACAUUUGCUACGCUUAGUUGUAUGGAUAUUACUACAUUAGAUUGAUCACUUUAUUAACAGCCCCUACUGUAUCCUUUUCUCAUGCUGUUCCCUGCACUUGGAAUCUUUUUCAUUCUCUGCUUGUUGAAAUUCUAUAUAUAUUUCAAAUUUCAGCCAAAUAUCUCUCAAGAAGUAUUUCCUAACUACCCUAGCCAGGAGUGAAUUCUUCUCUCUCCAUGCCAGAGCUACCUUCUUAUGGUGAUUAACACCUUGCAGGGAGGUAGAACGGAAUAAUAGAGAGAGUUGGCUUUGGGGUUAGAGAUCUGGGUUAAACCCAAACUCUUCUAUUUUCUAAGUGCUGGGCUACUAACCAAAAGAUUGAAGUUUCAAAUCUGUUCAGAGGAGCCUCAGAAGAAAGGCCUGGUAAUCUGCUUCUGAAAGGUCACAGCCAUGAAAACCCCGUGGAGUAGUUCUGCUCUGAAACACAUAUGGUUGCUAUGAGUCAGAAUCAACUAGAGGGCAACUGGUUUGGUUUUCUACUUUCUAGUCACAGGACAAGGCUAAAAAAGGCAAGCUUCUUGCAUGGUAAGGUGCCUUUGCGUUCCACCCUUUCACAGAGGUUGUAGACUUCUGGAGUCCCAGCUUUAUGAAACGGUCUCCUACCGAAGCUGGUGUCUACCCAAGGCAGGGAGUUGUAUCUCUUGCCCCUGCACAGUCAUUAAGGGAGAAAACCCCAGGUCUUCAGUCUGGUAAAAAAUGAUCAGAGAGAAGGAUGGCUUUUGUGCUUGCAUAUUUCCCAGGAUUCCUGCUUUCACUUUAUUUUUGGCCUUUGUGGAAUCCUUCAUUUGUGCUUAGAAAAAAAGGUGCUUUUUGUAUUUUAUCCAUCACUUUUACCAUAUUUCUGGUUUCAACUGGGAGGUUCACUCACAGAAGUUAUCUUGUGGUAUAUAUACACACAUAUAUAUUUAGAGUUAAUACAAUUGCAUCAUUAAAUAGUAUCACAAGACAGAAGACUUUCAUGGGGAAAAAUCUGUCAUCGAACUCAUGAUAAACCAAAGAUGUAUGUAGAAGAAUCUUCCUUUUAGUGUUUUGUUUUGUUUUGGGGGGGGGGAGCGGGGCGCUGGGGAGAAGCAAGAACAGAAACAUUAAAUCUGUAUCUAAAGAAUUUCCCUCAACUGUCUUUCCCAAAACUCCCUGCCUUUUCAGAAAGAUACUGAAGAUGUAUGGAGGAUACUGCACCUAAUUAAAAUCGUCUGGAGAAGUAACAGGCUCCCAGGACCUGGUGGGCUUACUUCUCAUAAAAUUUAGUAUUUGUUGUUGUUGUUGUUAGGUGGCAUCGAGUCAGUUCCGACUCAUAGCCACCCUCUGUACAACAGAAUGAAAUGCUACCCAGUCCUGAGCCAUCCUCACAACU